UGUGUAUGCGCUUGCGCUUCUCAUGGUGGCUUGCUGCGGAAUUUUCAAACGUUGGAUUUUGACUUUGUAGUCAAAAAGUGUUUGUAUUAAGUGAUUUGUUAAUGUUUUUAGUGUGUAGCACAAGUUGUACCUGGUAAUGGCGCUGAAGAUGACGGUGAAUAGCAAGCUGGAGGCAAAUAGCAAACAACACCGACGAUAUAUCUCCGAUCCCGAACGCCUUAAAAAAGAUCUCGAAAAUGAGCGUCGCAUAACCCGUUUGCAGCAGGUGCGUGAGAAAUCGAAAGAAUUGGCUCGCACCAUACGGCAAGAGGUGGCGGCUGAACAGACGCGUCAGCUAGAAAACCUUGAGAACAUCAAGCAGCAGGAGUUUAAUGCGUGGCGUGAGCAUGUUGUGGCCAAAAAAUUCCAGGACUACCGUACCUCAAUGUUUCAAGUGGGUGCCGCCCAUCGCGCCGCCCAAGCUGAAACCGAAAAAAUCGAACUAGGAAAGCAACUGCGACUACAAAAAAUAAAAAACUGUCGUCUGACCGCCAAGCGUGCCACAAAACCCACAGCUACGAAUGUACUGCGUGCCACCGGAGGCAUGGGUCUCAAUGUAGAAGGACGAGUCAGUGCGGGCACACAAACGCCAGUGCAAGCAGACAAAGUAAACGAUUGCAAGGAGAACCGGUCGUGCAAUAGACCACGUUGCAAAUCAACAAGAAAUCAUAAUUCAGGCAAACGCAAGAGACAACCAUGUUGCCAGAAUAAUGAUAAUCAUCAAGAUGAGAGCGACAAUGAAGAAAUAAUUGAAUCGCUAUCGGACAGCAGCAACAGCUGCGAUGAGCCAACUGCAGCGCAACCAACAACAAGCGAAGCCAGCGUCAGAAGGCUGCAAAAGACGCCGCCAAUUAUUUUGGAUGUGGAUGAUGAAAGCGAGGAUUCACUAGAGAUUUGCUCAAUCGACGGCAUUGAGAUUAACGAUAUGCACAUGCAAACUAACCGCAAAUUUAGUCGUGUAGUGCGACCCUCUAACACAAACGGCUCAGAGCUGCAGGAGGACCCAGGAGUCGAAGGAACUUCUUCGCGUCCACGUUUCACACAAAUCAGUGAUCUGGUGCGACGUACUACACGGAUAUCGGAAUUGACCGCCGAAUGCGCACAGGGGCAACAACAGGAACAAGAAAUUCACAUGCGGCGCAGUCCCACCAUAUCUUUACCUCGUUCGCCCAACAAAACAACGACAACCGAGGCUCAAGUGGGCUCCUCCCAACGCUCGCCCAUCAGAGCAGCGAUGGAGCAACCAACUACCUCUAAUCACCCAAGAGACAACCGUCGCCCUGCACAGAGGCAAAAGCAGUCCACGCUGAAACCCAGUAGCAAACGGAUUCUUCCUGCUAAGGUCAUAGAUGCAGGCCUAAAACGCAGUUUAACCACGGUGCAACCAAAAGCAGCCACAGCGCAGCAAACAACGACAAAACUUUCACAGGAGCCAACUGCACAAAAGCCACGCCCACAACAGCCAGUCGUAGAAGCACCUCGUACGCAACAAAUGCCCCAACAAGAGCCACCCAUUGAACAGCUGCCCAUACAGCCGCCAACUGUGCAACAACUGCCCAUGCAGCCGCCACCCAUUCGACAGUUGCCCAUGCCAACUGUGCAGCAGCUGCCCAUGCAACCAUUUCCUCCUUACAUGCCAAUGCAGCCACACCUUAUUUAUGGACCGCAGAUGAUGCAACCGUAUCCCAUUUUACCCUUUCCCAUGCAACCAUAUACUAUGCAACCCAUGCGGCAGUUUGCACCACAGCCUGCGCUCCCAACACAACCAACGAUGCCGGCGUCUAGCACUGCCACAGCUGCCACAACAGGGGCUCCAACACGCACCACAGCCAGCCACACAACUGUCUCCACGACAACAUAUAUGCUGCGUCAAGGGCAGCCUGGAAACGCAGCAAGUGGACACGUGCAGUUCUACGAUCACAACAACAAAUAUCAGCGCCAGUAUAAAGCGCCCACAGAAGCCGUGCAAGCUAAUCUGCCGGAUAACACGGACAUGAAUGCCAUGGAGCAGGCAAACGCUGAGACGCUUCGGCGCCAACUACGCGAACAGGAGCUACAAAAUCUACGCCAGGUCACCGAACAGCGUGGACAGAAGGCGCUGCAACGCGAGCAAGUCCGUCGCGAUUGCGCCCAGCUGACAGAGAAACUGGAUGCCUUGACACAGCAGCAGCCGCAGCUGCUGCCAAGCGACGCUAAUUUUGUGCCCAGUCAUCGGUUUGCUGAUUUGGCUUCACGGCGCGAACAAAAAAUGAACGCUGCCAUAGAGCAGAUCCUGUUGCGUCCGGCCAUUGUUACCUGUCCUGAGGUGGGCGUGUCCCGACACCUCUCACCUAGAAAGACGGGCACACGGUGCAAAUCCAUAACGCCAGAGGCUAUCAAUUUGGGCAAUCCGCCGAUGGAAAAGGCAGACGAUGCCGCCAGCUGUUGCUCCAUGCUGAUCGACUAUGUGGACGAUCAGAGCAAGCAGCUGCGCACCGAGCUCAAGGGAAUGCAAUCCAAUUCGGUGAAGUCUGUGAAAUUAAGGAGUCUUUUGCAGCGCAUCGAGAAAAUAAAAGAGCAACUGCUAGCGGAGCUGCAGGCGGGCGACAUGAACGGAGACAAUGCACAAAAAGUGAUCGAUUCCAUUCGCAAGGAACGCGCCAAUAUACACACGGGCUCAGCUCUCAAUAUCGACCAGAGAGAGAUGGAAUUGCAGCAGAAGGAGGAGUUGCUGGAGCAAAGGUUGCGUCAGUUGUACAAGCACCAGCAAAAAGUUGAUGGGCGAAAGCACAAUGAUAACCCAGUGGAGAUCAUAAUCAAGGUGAAGAGCGACGGCACCGUCAAACAGUACGUGCCCAAGACGAAAAUGCAGGAUAAUCAAAAGUCAAAGACAACGAUGGAGCAAGGCAACUCAAAACCAAGCACAUCCUCAUCAGCAGAAGCUGUAGGGUCAACCACAUCAGCGCUAAAUCAACGCCAGAACUCCAUAGACUCCACUUCCACAGUGUAUCGCGAGCUGCCUCCUGUUAACUAUAAGAACAUCAGACCACCAAGUGAAACUCCUGCCUCAACUUCUACAUCGACUCCCGCACAGCCGGAGCCACUGCAUCCAAUAAUUGCGCAAUAUGUGCAGCGCUUGCUGGGCAUGUCGCGCAACUCCAUAGAUAAGCUGAGCGUGAGCAGCUCAGAGGUGACCACGCCUGCCGACUCCAUCAUUAACCAGCCUCGGAAUAUUUCAACUGGUCCCGCGGUGGAUGAGACACUGCUUGACAAUCAGCGGAUGGAGCGUGUGCAGGCCUUCAUUCAGGACAAUCGCAGUUUUGUUGACGAGCUCGAGGACACGAUGCGCAGCCAGCAGCUGGAGCAGCAGCAGCAACAGGAGCAACAACAGCAGCUGGACAAAGAGGCCAGCCUGCGAGCCUUUGAUCAGAUCUGGAACAAGCGUCUAGCCACCAAACAGCAGCAGCAGCAAAAAGAACAACAGCAAGCAGAAGCUGUAAGACCAAAGACUAGUGACAGGGCAACUGCUACUAGACGUGCGACUUCAACUACUUUCGCACAGAGCACAUCCAGAUCUGUGGCUUACAGGUUACCGCAACAGGGAAAGAUGCCACCGACACGAGUCAUCGAUACGCAAAGACAACAACGCCACGUGGAGCCAAGCAGCACCAAUCAAACAAACAAGUCCCCAAUGGCCAGCGAACAAAGUGCUGCCCUGCAUAUGGAGCGCUAUGAGCGGCUCACAGAGAACUGCACGCAGCGUAUUGCGGAGUUAACGGAACUCAUCACCAAGGUACGUGAGGAGAAGCAACGACUGGUGGAGGUCACACUGACCUCGGCCAGUGAGGGAGAGCGCCAUUCCACGGAGUACUUUGAUUUACCGCCAGGGCAGCGGGAGCAGGAACAACAGCUGCAACAGCCCGGCUCUCGAACGAUAUCCGAGCGCAGUGAUAGCCAUGAUACGACACCUUCGCACUCGGAAGCGCUGCCUCUGCAGAAGCAUAAACCGACGGGCGCUAGUCUGGAUAGCGGUAUAUCAAUUUCACGACCACUGACAGCAAUGGGUCAGGAGCCACCCGAGGCAGAGCCCACAUCGUUGACAUCCUCCACACAGAGCGGGGCGCAGCGUCGCGGCAAAGUUCCGCCGGCCACAAUACGUCGCUACAGUCCACAACUGGCAGCUGAGGAUUUGGCGCACGAAUUGUCCACCAUCACGGAGGUGGACACGCCGGCACAGUCACAUAUGUUGGUCACCACGCCCGCACCAGUGCCUUUUCCCAGCUUCGAACAGUAUGCACAGGAGCUGCAAUUGGAUCUAUCGCACAUCGAUCCGAAUCAAAGCAUGCGGUUGCAACAAGAGUUCCAAGAGAUAAUCCACACCAUCCAGCAACGCGGCCACGGUAUCGACUAUCGAGAAUUUCCCAGUAUUAGUGCCUAUUUGCACAAUAUAACGACAACCACAACCCGUGUCCAUAUCGAGGCGGAGCAUCCAUCACUGGCAGCGACCGAUCUAUUGCAGCAAAUGCGUAUGCCCAAUGUCAGCAUACAUGAGUUUCCCAACAGGCGCGAGUAUCUGCAACAGCUGCUGGCACGUCAGCCGCCCGAGCAAGGUGAACUGAUUGACAGCGGCAGCCUGGACAGCAGCGACUCCUUCAAUGUGGAGGCGGAGCUGCGGCAACGUCGCCUACUUCUCACUUCCUUUCGCCGUGGGCCGGAAGCGGAUGAACUGCCAGAACUAGAGGUGGCUAGCAGUACGCGCCGCGAAAGCAUUCCACCGGGCAGCACCUCACAGGCGCCAAAUGAAAGUGGCAUUGAACCGCCGUACAGAUGCCCACUUACCUUCGACGUGCAGUUGGAUAUGCAGCGAAUGGGCGUGCGCAGACCUGUCAGCAUGCGCCAUCGACAGCGGGGCCAAGCGGAUCAUCCAAACAGCAGCGCCGACAGUGAAUCACCAAAGGACAGAUCCACUGGCGGCUGUGGCUUGAACAAGUCUUCAGAUGCACCAGAGCAAGUCAGCCAGCUGGGACGAUCGCUCAAUUUGCGUGAGUUUCUCACCAAGGAGCUGCUCAAGCAUCGCGUCCACAAUGAAGAGAGCAGCUCAGGGAGCACUGACGACUCGUUAAAAAGCAACUUUUUGCAAUCAGUCAUCGGUUCUCUAUCCCUGUCAAGAUCCUCGUGCACUCCAGCGCUGGGACAUGCCACCAAUGGCACCAACGAUAGACAAAAGACCUCUACACCCGUUGGUUCGCUUCUGUCCGACCAGGGUAAGGCCGGUUCGCUGCAAAGUGACGACACACAACUAUUCUCCGGCGAAAGUCGCUUGUCAGCGGUAAAUUAUGCUGAUGGCACACCUCCGGUGCCUCACGAGCAGCAGGCUUCACUGGGUCGCAACUCGAAGACUCCAAAGGCGACGAAUCGAAAGACGCUACGAAAAUGAAGCAAUGUUUUUCUAAAUUGUCUAGACAACAUUUUUAUUUAUGUGUGUAUUAGUGUGUUCCCCAACUGCAUGUAAUUUUUACCAUGGUAAAAUUAUGACAAAGUAGUUUUUAAUGACAAUUUUUUGUAUAUAUUUUAAUAAAAUUAUUUAAUUUUGCUUAGAGUUUUCUAACUAAUGUUUCAAGUACAAAA